AUGUUUAUUAUUCAAUUACCAAAUGAAAUUCUCAUCGAUAUUUUUAAACGUAUCAAGAUUUUGAUUAACGUGAUUGAUGUAUGCAGACAGUUUCGUGAUACUAUCGUCAAUCCUUCUUUCAAAAUUCAAUGGUUAUCAUUUCAUUAUGAGAUAUUCCCAUCUCAAUAUAUUAUCGAUUUAGGAUUUACUUUCUUUGACAUAGAAACCGUAAAAACUAUUUUUAAUAGUAAAAAUUUUUUUAUUGAUAAAACCAAAGAAUCUGAUAUUAUAGAUGUUAUAGCAGAAGUUGGUAUUGAAUUACAUUUAACAAAAAAACUAGAAAACAGAGUAAAGGCAUUAGAGAUUUUUAUGGUUAUUGGUUAUAAUCAAUUUUUAGGAUAUUAUUACGAAAAGGGAUAUGGUGGUCUUGAAAUUAAUAUAGAAAAAGCUAUGGAAUAUUACAAGAUUUCUGCCUAUGAAGAUAACGAUUCUUAUGUAAUGUGUAGAUAUGCUUUAUAUCUUAUUGAAUCAAAUAAAGACUAUGAUGGAAAACUUAAAACUUAUAGAUAUGAAGAGAUUAAUUAA